AUGGCCUCUUCGACCACGUCUUACCAGGCUCUGUUCCAAAGAGCACGAGAUGCAACCCCUGAAACUCUGCCCAGCGGGGCCUGGUAUAUCCUGGUAGCUGCCACGCUCAUCACCGCCGAUGGGGGGGCACACCUGGGCGAGCUGUACCAAUUCGUCUUGAACGACCUAGGCGCUGAGUCGACGCUGGAGAGUCGGCAGAAUGUCUCGCGCCGGCUGCGAGCCGUCGUCAUCAAGGCCUGGACGCUAGUCGGCAUGCCUCGCGCCAGUGACGGCCUGUUCUCGCUGCUCAAAGUCGAGGAUCCCAAAGAUGCGGCUCAGGACUGGGACCGCUCAGAAUAUGCACGGGAGCCGGAGAAGGCCAUCCAGCGCACUCAGGACUGGUGGAAGCAGGUGUUUGGACAAGAGGUCAUCGCCGGCAUCUAUAAGUCGUACGAGUCCAAUCCCGAUUUCUCAUGGACGGUCGACUUCGCCGUGUACGGCUUGUACCUGGCCGAUCUGUCGGUGCUGGGCCCGAUCGAGAACGAGCUGGUGAUAUUGGCCAGCGUCAUGGGGCAAGGCGCCAUCAACACCACUCGCUUUCAUCUGGGAGGAACCCGUCGCAUUGGCGUCGGCGCGCAGGACGCGAUCGCCGUCCAGGGCGUGAUCGAGCUGGUUGCCAACCAUCUGGGCAAAGAUUCCAGUUCAUGGCCUCGAUUCCAAGAGGUCGAGCACCAGUUUCCAUAG